AAUACGCGGGGCAAUAAAAGCGAAGUGAGAAUGGAGUUAAACCCACCGAGGAGUUAAACCCACAGAGCUCUGCAGACUAUUCAACCCGUAUAUACUUGUUUGAUUCAAAACUUCAUAGAAGACUGAGCCUGAGCGUCUCACUGUAAGUACUUAUCUUCUUCCAUUUGUCAUCUUUCGGGACGGGAGAGAACAUGGAAAAGCUGGCGUGAAACAUAUUGACAAUGGAGAAUGAAGAUGAUGCGGUGAAGAACACACGGUUGGUUGAAGCCCGAGCAAGAAACAUCAGCCACAACGUUCGGUGCACUGAAUGUGGGAGUCAAUCCAUUGAAGAUUCACAAGCGGACAUCGCAAUUCUUCUCAGGAAGUUGAUUCGUGAUGAGAUUCAAGCUGGAAAAUCUGACAAAGAGAUUUUUAAAAAGCUCGAGACUGAUUAUGGGGAGACAGUACUCUAUGCCCCAAAGUUUGAUAUGCAGACUGCAGCCUUGUGGCUAUCGCCGAUUCUAGUUGCAGGUGCUGCUGCGGGAGUAUGGGCUUACAAAAAGCAUAAGCAAAAUACAAAUGUUCACAUCAUGGCUUUGAACCUUGUUAGAGGUGUUGCACUGACCCCAAAAGAGAAGGAAACCAUGCUAGAUCUCCUUACACCUCCUCCUUCAAAUGGAACAACCCUAUCCUGGUGGAGGAGAUGGCCAGGUCAAUGAUGUGCCUGGCUACUGGUGUUUCUAGUCUUUCCUGGCAUGAGAAUUUGUGCUGGAAAUUUGGAAACUGCUGUACGACCUUGAUUUGCAAAAAGUGGAUCUGGACUUAGUUAUGAUAAAGAUCUUUGAUUACCUACACUGCAUAAAUUUGAUCUUGUACUAAAAUAUGAUCAGGCAUUUCUGGGAAAUAACAAAUGGUUCUAUCAUUUCAUGGUGAUCGGAAAAUUAUUGUGCCGAUACACACACACGCACAUAUAUGUAAGCAGGAUUUUGUACUUGUGGGUUCCCAAGGCUUGGUGAGACAUCGGAGGUGUUCCAUCAAUAAUGAUAUUCAUACAACUAUUUUAUAAGCUAUUCA